UCACUCCGCCCACACUCACAGAGGAGGCAAAGAUCAGCCCUUCGCGGUCACUUCUGAAAACCGUGGAGAGUUAUAAAUAAAUGAGUUCGUGUUUGUUUUGUAGUUCAGAUCAUGAUGAAACAGGACCAGCAGUACCUUCAGCAUCACUCCCAGAACCAAUGAGACUGCUGAAACACUAUCUGACUUUAUUGAUAAUCAUAAAAGCCCUGCAUCAGAGGGAUUGAUCGAGACUGUGGGGAGUAUUUGGUCCCAUAUGCAUACAUCCACAGAGACAGACUUCCAUCAGGGCUUUAAUACAGAUCUACAGUGAGUAUGUGCAUCAAAAGCUCAGAGCAACACUCAUCAUAAUGAUACAGUCUGAUAUAGUUUGAUUUAGGGUUCAUAUGUAAGCACAUGAGCACCUGUAAAUAACAAAGCAGUGUCUGCGUCUGUUCAGCAGACGCACAGUAUUUGAUUCUUCAAAGCAAAUUGAGACAAAAUUGGUAACUUUCUUUUUCCUCUAAAUUCAUAAACAUAAUACACAAAAACAUGAAGUUCUCUGAGCUGUGUCUGGACUUCCUGCCUGCAGCUACAAUGUGUCACAUAAAGCAAGAGUUCAACAUGUUGGGACAUAAACAUAUUCACUUCCUUACUAAGAGUUAGAUAAGAAGACAGAGACCACUCUCAUGUCCACUCACUAAAUACAAAGCUACAGCCACCUGCUGGUUAGCUUAGCAUAAAGACUGGAAACAAAGGGAAACAGCUAGCCUGGAUCAGUCUUAGAGUAACAAAAUCUUCCUCUAAAACUCUUUGGAUAUCUUUGUAGAGAACCCUGCUAGCCGUUUCUCCCUGUUUCCAGUCUUUAUGCUAAGCUAAGCUAACUGUUGUCUGGCUCCGGCCAUAUUUAACAGACAGACAUGAAAGUCGUAUUGAUCCUCUCACCUAACUCUCAGCAAGAGAGUAUUAAACUAUUAAAGUGGUUGGUGCUGCUUACACUGGCCUCCAGUAAUGAUAAUGACUGCUGUGCUCAACAUUGUUAUUUUUAGUAUGUGAUAUGUACAUUUUUAUUUAUAUUUAUAUCAGUAGUUUGAGCUUCAAUACUUAAGUUUGGUGCAUUGGACAGAGGUUGUUGCAGUUGCAAAUGUGAAUUGAUUGUUGUUGUUUAAUAACAAACACCCAGAGGGCUCCGUCCUACAAUUAAGUGCCACAAUCUUACCUGGAAAAGGAGUAAAAGAAACAGCACACAUAAAAACUAAUAACAGGAUCUGUUGUGCAGCUGUGUUUUCCUCCAGCAGAUGACACUAGUGGGUCAGUGAUGAGUUCACUGAGAGCAGCCAACUCAUUGUUUGUACAUGAAGAAAUCUGUUCCAGAAAUAUCACAACUUUUAUUAAUCACACAGUUAUAAAUACAGUAACUGUUCAUGGUUUGUAGGUAAACUACAUUUCGAUCAGACGUUUUUAAAGAUACUGUGGGUGUGUAGAUUAAAUGUGACACACAGAAGACUUAAAAUGUAUACAAUGAACAUGUGUGUGUUUUAUAAAGCUUUACUAACUACACUAAUUAGUAUAAAUUAAAUAUAAAGUAGGUCUAUGUACAUUAUAAAGUCUUUAUACACAUUAAUAGAGAUUAUGUAGACCUUCUGCUACUGCAUGACUUCAAUCAAUCUGUCAAUAUAGGUUAUAAAACAUCAUUAUUUUAUUAUUACCAUAGGAUGCAACCUUUGUAAAACAACAUUUGUGCAUUUAGGAGCAUAUGAUUUUAAAUUUAAAGGUCAGUUUUUACUUUACUGGUUCACACAGACACUUUGGCUCAGUUUGCAUCGGGCAAGCUCGAGAAACUUCUAAAUAAUCUGCAUCUAACAGCUGGUGUGUCUUCAUUCCUCAUUAGUGUGUAUCUUGUUUAAAAUGCACCAUAGAUAUUUAGAUGUGUGUGAUUUCAGGAGAUGAUGGAGCACUCGGGAUGAAUCCAUGAAGGUUUUUUUGUAUGUUUUUUUCCAGUUUUACACCAUAAUAAACCAUUUAUAACAACAGGCGCGGCGAGCCAUAGUUUAUGUCAUCAUCAUAAUAACCUAAUUGGACUAUAUCUUUAAUGUGAGACAUUGUUUGUGCACUGUAAAAACAUUUAUACUCUCAUAACAGUGCGCGCACCCUCCCUUCGCUCUGUCCCUCUUGACUUGGUGACAGACCUAAAAGCCUUUUGUUGCAAUCUUAGCCAAUGGAGACGGAUUACGACACCGGGCAGCUGAGAUAUAUAAAGAGCCCCUUUUUGACCGCACUUGCACAUUUUUCAGUGACACUUCUGAACGUUCACACACCUCCAUGGACUUAAUUGUACAGAAGACCCCAAAACAACCAUUAUACUACAUGUGAGCGGACUAUGCAUUCAUCAGACAGAUAAUUUGUUCACUUUCAAUCAAAACAGCCCGCACCGAGACACACUGGAACGUACUUUUUCUUUUUUGUAUUUAUUGCAAAAUCUCCUGCUGCAAAAAAAAGAGGCAACUUCGGGGUGAUCGUAUUGGAUUAGACGCAUGUCACUGAUUCCCUGCCUUUUGUAGGAUAAGGCAAGGAGCGGCGCACAUCCAAGAGAGGGGAUAUAACGGGAUAACGCGAGUCAAAGGACAAGAAAAAGAAAGAAAAAAAGUUGCAUUGCCUUGUGUCCACGUAUCGUCAUGCCGAGGUACAACUUCUUACUGUGCUUGAUGGUGCUCAUCUCCCUGGGACAGUCGGGGAGCGAUGAGCCCAAUCUGCUGCUGCCUUCUGCCAGCGAGACGCCCACGGAUGCCGGGCUGUCCCUGCUGGACGAGGACGCCGGUUCCCACGAGUGCUCCGCCUGUGUUUGGAGGGAGCAGAGCAAAGUGCUGAGACUGGAGACCAUCAAGUCCCAGAUCCUGAGCAAGCUGCGUCUGAAGCAGGCUCCCAACAUCAGCCGGGAGGUGGUCAAUCAGCUGCUGCCCAAGGCGCCUCCGCUCCAGCAGCUCCUGGACCAUCACGACUUCCAGGGAGACGCGUCGUCCCAGGAUGAGUUUAUGGAGGAGGAUGAGUACCACGCCACAACGGAGUCCGUGAUCACCAUGGCCUCUGAGCCGGAGCCCCUGGUGCAGGUGAAUGGGAAGCCAAGUUGCUGCUUCUUCAAGUUCAGCCCCAAACUGAUGUUCACCAAGGUGCUAAAGGCCCAGCUGUGGGUGUACCUGCGGCCGCUACAGCAGACCUCCACUGUCUACCUGCAGAUCCUCCGACUGAAGCCCGUCACAGAGCAGGGCAGUCGCCACAUCCGCAUCCGCUCCCUGAAGAUAGAGCUCAACUCCAGGGUCGGCCACUGGCAAAGUAUUGACUUUAAGCACGUGUUGCAGAACUGGUUCAAACAGCCCCACACCAACUGGGGAAUCGACAUCAACGCCUUUGAUGAGAGCGGCAAUGACCUGGCGGUUACCUCGCUGCGACCUGGCGAGGAGGGGCUGCAGCCGUUCCUGGAAGUGAAGGUUCUCGAGACGACCAAACGUUCUCGGAGAAACCUCGGCCUGGACUGCGACGAGCACUCCACCGAGUCCCGCUGCUGUCGCUACCCUCUGACUGUGGAUUUCGAGGCGUUCGGCUGGGACUGGAUCAUUGCCCCCAAACGCUAUAAAGCCAACUAUUGCUCUGGCCAGUGCGAGUACAUGUUCAUGCAGAAAUACCCGCACACCCACUUAGUGCAGCACGCCAACCCCCGAGGCUCUGCAGGGCCCUGCUGUACUCCCACCAAGAUGUCCCCCAUUAACAUGCUCUACUUCAAUGACAAGCAGCAGAUCAUUCACGGCAAAAUCCCAGGGAUGGUGGUGGAUAGAUGUGGCUGCUCUUAGGCUGCAGGGGAGACGCACACUUGUGUACAGCCACCAUCGCAUCAAACCACCCAAAACCCUUACGGAGCUCUCCCCUGGCACCAGAACCCACUCCUCGGCACCAGAUUUCACUUUUGCUCAGCCACAAAAAUCAUCCCACUGGGUUUCCAUUUUUCCAGUAAUUAAAUUGAUUCUAACUGUAAAGAAAAAAAAGAUAUAAAUGAAACAUGAAUCAAAAAAAAAGGACUGAGUGAUGGAAAUACAGUACAUUAUGAAUGAUUUAAAGAGGUUGUCCAUGUGGAGCAGCUUCAGAAAACGGUAAAUGAGACAAAACUAUGUUAUAGAGUAUGUGUUAGUUUUGUGGGUUUUUAAAGAUUUUGUUUUUAAACGGCAUCUUUGUGAAAUGUCCAGGUUAGUGGAUUGAGAUGACAGGAGACAUUAAGCAUUUACAAUAUUUUUAAAGCAAUUUCAGUCCUAAGGUGAGUUUGAAAAUACUUAAUUUCACAGAUACACUUACUUACGGGUGAGAUUUGAUCCACAAAAAUGUUUGCAAGGGGGCAUGAUCAGAAUUAUUUUGCAAUCCAUCACUUUAACAAAAAGAACAAAAUCCAUGCUAAUGUGAGGAGGGUUUACCGUUAGAAAUACUCUUAUAGUAUAAAUCCAAAAUCUUGUUUACAGAUGUUUAGAGAUGUGCUCUGGAGAUGUAAAGUGUUGAGGAGAUCCAAAACCAAACCUAUACCCUCUAUUAAUGUAUAACACCCCAGUGUGACAUUCUCGAGUAUCUACGAAACCUUUCACAGUUACUUUGAUCUUUUUUUAUUUGUAGUCUUGUAAAACUCAAAAAAGGAAAAAAGAGAGAGAAGAGGUUAUACUAUUUUAACUCUACCUUUCAAAGCAGAUAAAUAAAGCCAGUACAGCUAUUUCUGCCAUUCUGAAAAAGUAGAUACAUAUACAGAUUUAGGUUUCAAUUGCACACUAAAGUCUAAAACAGUACUGUAAUGUAGAUGCACUCUGAAGUCAUUCGGCACCGCCUGGGAGAGGAGGAGGAGCAGGGUCCUGCAGGAUGACAAGAACCUGACAGAUUUCCUUUCUUCUGUGCAACAAGGGAAAAUACACUUUAACACCUUCAACUUUUGCAUUAAAUGUUUAAAACAGAGACGUAAAUGCACUGUUUCAUAACUUGAAGAGGCCUGGGACUGAGCAUGUAAUAACAAACAGAAAGCAAAAUCCAUACCCUGAAAUGAAACACACAAGGGUGUCAGUAUGCUCAAAUGUUCACCCUCCUGUAACCUUAAUGAUUUACUGAGCUGAAAAUAGCACAAAACAUGAUUUUACAGCAUUUUCACAAGACGUUUACACACAUACUUCCAGCACGCAUCUGUGUUUAAAAACAAGUACGCGUAAAUUAAGAAAGAGCAGUACCUUCAUUACUCAUGUAGAGCCAGUUCGUUCACUUGUUCUCAAUACUAGUUUCAGAAAAGAUAAAAAUAAAAAUGCAAAAUCCUUUAACUGCAGUACUGUACUCAGACGUAAUAGCUUUUUAUAAAUGACAACAAACCACAUAACGCGCAAAUAAAAUAAAAAAAAUCAAAAGAAUGUAACUCAACCACUGAUUUUAGUUUAGAGAACAUAUUUGAUUGCGUUUUGAAAUGCCCCCAUCCACCUCCACCUCAACUGUACCGUUGUGAUCAUAAUGGAGAAAAUAUUGUUAGUGCUUGAACACAGAGUAGAUUAGUACGCUUGAAGUCUGUCUUUGUCUCCUGGAUGUCAAAGCAAAGAUAUCCUUUUGUUGUAAACGAAAGCACUAUGCUGUUGGAUAAAGGAAGAGCCUUCUGACAUUAUAUAUAAAUGAUAUAUGUAUAUAUUAAAGAAAAGGGGUACAAAAACCUUUUUUGGGGCACUCUACCUUACCAACAAUAAAUUUUGCACUAUGGGACGUUCAUGGCGUGAGGAGGUAAAGUGUUGUUUGUGUUUUACCAAGCACAAGAGAGCUUGUACAGUAUAGGAUUAAAAAAAAAAAAAAAAAAACUAUUCAAGCUUCUGGUGAUCAACCAUAAACUAGAGAGGUUAUCACUCCUUUUUGAUACCAUCACGCUUUCCUGACUUUUGUCCGAAGCGGGGGCCUGUCCAUACACUCACACACUUCUAUCCAAUCUGGAACCUGGACGUACUGUACCAGCGGCCUGAAAGGCCUCCUUGCCCACUUUGGGUGAUAAGUCAUGUGUAUAAGUAUAAGUGUCUGGAUCAAUGAACAUAGAAUGCUUUAACUGGAAAUGGUCCGCCCACCAACUUUAAUCUGUUACCAUGUUAGAGAGACUACGUCCUUUUGACUUAAACAAUGUGUCGACUGUCUUGCGUAGACAUGUUUUUGCCUUUGUGUGUAUUUUAAGUGAAAGCACCCAUGUAAGAAUGGGAGGAGUAUCCAGGGAUUGUUAGCCAAAGUAGAGGAUGACAUGUUGUGUGCUGUAACUUUUGUGAUUGCAGGAAUAUGCUAGAACAUUUCAAAGGGAGGAAAAAGCUGGUUUAGGGGCAGUGGUUGGAAAUAAUUCAACUGAUCAAUUGUCUAUUUAUUAAUAUUAAUUACAAUGCAUUUCAAAGUCUGUCUACCUCACUUUAGCCCUCUAAAAAACCUUGCUUUUUUUAAUUUGUCAUCGAUUAAUCUGUGCAAACAUUUAACCCAUAAGAAUCCCCCACCCCACCCCACCCCCCCAAAAAAUGUAGAUGAAAACCACAGGGUCCCCUUGCUCUCAGGUUCAGAUUGAGUUAUUGACAGAGUGACUGAUGGUAGCGGCUCUGGUAAUGUGUGGUAAAAAGAAAUAAUUAGCUGUGCCCACAUCUAUGGCUUGUUGAGAAGUUGCAUUUUGAAUUUUAGUAUUUGUAUACUGGUAUGUGUGAGAGUGUUUUCAUAUAAAUAUAUGAGAGUAAGAAAUCUCUAUGUAAAUACCUACCCAAAUGUUGACAUUUAUGAUGUUUUGGACAGGUUCACCGCUUCUAAAGUUUUUCUCACUUUCCCCCUUCAUUCCUCCGUUCUUUGUGUAGUUUAAAGAAAAUCACCCCAACUUUGUAGUUUAAUGGUUGUGCAUAUGAAUAACUGUUCAAUUGUUAUUUUUGCCUUUUGUUGUUUAUUUACUGUCAUUUUUCUUUUGUACAAUAAAUCAUUUAUUUAGCUUA